GAACCACCAUGCUUAUUUCCAAGGAAAACAGAAAGACCAUCUACGAGGCUCUUUUCAAGGACGGUGCUUUGGUUGCUGCCAAGGACUUCAACGCUCCUAAGCACUCCGAGCUUGAGGUUCCCAACCUUGAGGUCAUCAAGGCUAUGCAGUCCUUGACCUCCAAGGGUCUUGUCAAGACCCAGUUCUCGUGGCAGUUCUACUACUACACUCUCACUGAUGAGGGUAUCAACUACCUCCGCGAGUACCUCCACUUGCCCCAGGAGAUCGUCCCCGCCACCAUGAAGAAGGCUGCCCGCCCCGCUGCUCCCCGUCGUGCUUUCGGUGAGGGUCGUGAGGGUCCCCGUGGUCCCCGUGGUGACCGUGAUGAUUACAGACGCAAGGAAGGAGCCUCUGGUGACUUUAAGCCCGAAUUCCGUGGUGGUAUGGGCCGUGGUCGUCGCGAGUAAAACAGCAACAACAGCAACAUCAUCAAGAAGAAGAAGAAGAAGAAGAAGAAAAUCAAAAUAAAUACGAUAAUUACAAAAAGCAUAUAAUAUAAUUAAACGGCUUUCUUUUUUUUUUCUUUUUUUUGGAAAUGCUCUUGUUUGACCAUC